AUGUCGGACGCAUCAAUUCCAAAGUUGCCUAAUCUCGAGCUAGCUCACUAUCGGUUUAUCUUGAACAAUCCAAAAACUCCAGAACAUCAUGAAGAAGCAAAAAAUAUCCUGUUGACCGCAAUCGAAGAGAAUAAUAUGGCGCCUUUCUAUCAGCUCAUUGCCGAUGAAGUCAAGAUCCCCCUUGACAAGGCGCUGCUUUCUAAAUAUCAAGAAGCUAACAAAGAAGAAUUGCAGAAAUUGGACGAAAGGCUUCAAGACGCCGAGAAAAAUCUUGGCGAAUCAGAGAUCAGUGAUGCUUUACUGGCCAAAGCUGAUUACUUUGCUAAAAUUGGGGACAAGGAAAAAGCGAUCUCUGGAUACCGCGCGGCAUUAGACAAAACGGCGGGAUUGGGAUCCCGAAUUGACAUAAUAUUCUCUUUCGUGCGGAUCGGUUUCUUCUUCAAUGAUAAUGGCAUCAUCAGUCGUAAUAUAGAACGAGCAAGAAGCUUGAUCGAGGAAGGCGGUGAUUGGGACCGACGCAAUCGUCUUAAAGUAUACGAGGGGGUUUAUAGAUUGUCGAUACGUGAUUUCAAGAGAGCCGCGAAUCUGUUUCUUGAUACACUUUCAACAUUCAUGUCGACCGAGCUGAUGGAAUAUAAAACUUUUAUAAAAUACGCAGUCUUGGCCGGUGCUAUUUCUCUUAGUAGAGUGGAUUUGAAAAAGAAGGUAAUUGACGCACCCGAAGUAUUGGAAGUCUUGCACGAGAUACCGCAUUUGGAAGACUAUAUCACAUCUCUUUACAACUGUGAUUAUGCAAAAUUCUUCCAAGCACUUGCUGAUGUAGAACAAAACCAUCUUCGCACGUCAAGAUACCUGUUUUCCCAUCUGCGGUACUACGUACGCGAAAUGCGUAUAAUUGCGUAUGCACAACUUCUAGAGUCGUAUCGUUCGCUCACCAUGGAGAGCAUGGCAAACUCAUUCGGUGUGUCGGAGGAAUUCAUUGACAAGUAA